GCCAUUCAGCAGGCUGAUGCUGCGUCGCGGUCGUGCUCCUGGUCUCACCUGUAUGCCGCUCAUUUUCAUGAUCUACAGCACGUUGACCUUCUGGUAUCCUUGUUUUGUAGAAGUAGGUGCUCAAGGUCAAGAUUCCGAUUUUUCUACAGAAUACAUGAGUGAUGAUGGUGCUAAGUCUGCCGAAGACGGUCCACCUUGGUCAUAUGCAUUAGACAAAGGUUCUCAAUCCACUGCAGAGCAAGGACAACUUGCAAAAACCGUGGGAGACAUGGGUUUUACGGAAAAAACAGAUACAAUUCCUAUCGAUGUCAGUAAGGGGGGAAGCCAGGUGGUGGCGUUUGCCACUCCAGAGCGGGUAAUUGGCUUAAAAGAAGGAGUCGUCCCCAAAGAAGGCCCUACUGCUCUCAAGGAGAACGUGGGCUGUGAGAUAGUCAAGGCGCAGGUCUGCUCUGCGCUUUUCGAUGCUGACAGAGACAAGAGAGACGCAGGAAGGGGCCCCGGCCAGAUGUGGUGCAGCAUCGAUGAACAAAUGUCCACACAAUCUGCUCUCGCGCAGUCAAGAGAUGGUGGCGGUGGUAACACAGGUGGUGGUGGUGGUGGUGGUGCGAAGAGUGGAUGCCGCGCGUCCAUCAUUAGCGGCAAACCAGGCGACAGUGCUUCCGCUAAGAGAGUCUUUGCUUUCGAGUACAACUGUUGCGAGGCUUGUUGUCCUGGAGGAACUCUACAAUACUCGACCCUGAGCAUCGAGCGUAAGCGACUGCGCUUAGCGGAGUUGAAACUGCUUAAAACAUCGGGGGAGCGGCUAGAUAGAGACUUGACGGCGAUCGCCACGUCAUUUAGAUCCGACAACAACGAUCUCUCGCGCCUCUCCGUGAGUGCAUUAAGGCUCUACAACACUUCUGAGAUCUCUUAGUCUUGGCACGGGUAGGGAACGACCUCCAACUUACUAGCGUUGUAUCUUUCGCGAUUUUCCUUGUCGUGAACAGGCAUGAACCCCUGUGCCCUCCAGUGUCUUCCUCUGUCAGGCUUCAGCUUUUUCUGGAUGGAGUGGCCAGGCUACACCGUUUGUGUAGAGAGGUGCUAAGCUUGACGUGAAUCCGAUGAGUCUCUUUUUUGGAUCUUUGGUCUAGCUGAAAAUAGACGGGCCUGCGCUUUAAGGAUGUUAACUGAAUAGACCGCGACCGCCUCAUCUUGUCGCCGCUUCUUCACUUCUCUCAAAUUAGUCGAGCCUUCUUCUAGUCUUCUUGUGAUUUUCGAAGGCCGAACCAUGGAAAGCGGCCAAAGCUCUUCCAUACUUAACAAAAAAAGGACCGCGGACAUUUUCAUUCGUCCUCUCUUGUCUCAGUGCGUGUCUGCGUGUUCUGUUUCCAGACGUGUAGAGAAUUUCUGUUCUGUACUGCUGGUUCGGUUUGGUACAUAGUAGGGCGGUACACUUCUGGGACCUCUUUGCACGGGUGAGGAACGGCCCCCAACCUGAUCGCACUACAGUGCGUAGGAUUUUUCUUCCCUCUCCCACCCUUGGCUCUUGUUUGUUAACCAGUAAAACACGGCGCCCCGGCCGAACUUCUUGGAAGGGUGUGAGCCAAUUGAUUCCGACCCUGCACUCGAAGGCUGCGCGCCUUAUUCCCUCUGCGGGGCCGACUGCUUCCCCUUUGCUUGACUUUGGCCCAGGGGCUACUGCUACCCUCGGGCCCAAUUGUAGACGCUGCUGCCGGAUUCUUUUCCCUCUACAUCUAUGCUGGCGCAGCUGCCGGCUUGCCGUGAUUAAUAUAUAGAAGCCACACUCUGGCGCUUUCUUACGGCCAAUCUGGGCCAUCGUUUUGCCAUCAGUUUGGUUGCUGCCUGAGGGCCAGGAUCUAGGGCUAAGCUAUUGGGUAUUGCAGGCUCCGCCUUUGGCUUGACUCAGCAGCAAACGCUAGCGGCCCCGGCGUCUUGGCCUUACUGGUCGCAACUACAGCAGGGCAGGCACUGGACCAGCCGCGCCCUUCCUCGGGUUACAAGUCCAGCGAGCGAGGGACGAGCCUGCCAGCAUUGGCCAAGCCGCAGAGCUUCAACAAGAUGAAGACGAAACCGCGACCACGCACCGUGACAAGGAACGAGCUUGGCAACCUCUUGCGCAGCUCGGUGCCCUUAUGGGCUGCAGGAGCUCAAACAAAUGGGGGCAGGCUUAAUACUACAACACGACACAACAUCAGAGAGCUCGCCACUCCUUCGCUUUCAAGCUUAUCGCUGGCAAAUCGCUCCUGACGAGGUCAAAAUGGCUGGAGCGCAUGGCGCCACUUUCUACGCCACCGCGAUCGAGGUUUUGGAUUGCUCCGGAGACGAAGGCUCGCGCUUAGGGAAGACACACCAUGGAGCUGGGAAAAGCGCUUACACAGCGCAGCACUACUUCAGCAUCGCCAUCGAUGAAGCUUCGCGCGGUGAGUUCGAUGCCCUCGGCGCUGUUUCUGGCCAUGUCUUCAAAGCAAAAGGUUGGAAGCGUGCCGAAUGCGCUCCAACUUACAUCCCAACUUCGUUGGAAAAGUUGCGCAAGGCAGCAGCUGAGGACUAUCGUGCUUAGCUACGAUCAACCCUAUCCAAGUCAAGCAGGGCGAUGGCCUGCGAGUGUCCGCUAUUGACGCACGUAGCCCGGCAGGCUUCGCCAUUUAUGGGGGCCGAAGAGUCCUCGCGUGACGAAGUGAAGAAAGCACAAGCAACAGAAGGCGGGCAGAAGCUCCCAAAAAUCUGCAGCAAAUGCAUCGUGGCCAUCGAUCCCGAUUCUAACGCGUGCGCUCGCCGUUGCCAUCCAAUGUCGAAAGCGCGCGCAACAGACUCCACCCGCUCCGAUGGGUUUCAGUCGUGAAGAAAUGGAGGCAGCUUCGCAGUGCUUCAGUUCGCAUCUCUUCAAUCAGGCGAAAGCGCUAAACUCGAAAAGGCUUAAAGAAUCUAAAGGGAGGCAACUCGGGCAAUGCUGGAAAUUUUCAAGAGUCUAAGUAAAGACUCUAAAUGUUAAGCCAUCAAUCAACCUCACCCCGCAACCACAAACAAACACACCGAGCCGCGUCAGCUCAUCGCAGGCACCGCCUUCGCGAAGGAGAGUGGCUGGGGCGGUGGCGUGGUGGGUGGAUUCGCAGCGCCAUCGUUCAAACCCCUCGGCCCGUUAUCCAACUCAUUUGACUGAUUCGCGAACAUACAAAGGGGCGGGUUUGUUGCCAAGUGUUUGCACUCAUCUACUGCGUACCACUUUGCUCUUCGCUGCCAUUUGGCUUGAAGUGGGGCCCGCCGUCGCAAGCUUGUUGGCCUUCGCAGAAAGCUCAGAGACCAGCAGCGUCCUUUUUGCGGGUGCUCUCCGCGGUCGCUGUUGCUGGAGGCCACGCGCCACCUAUGUACGUACCCGCAGCGGGUGCCUUCGCGUUCGCUCGUCUUACCUUGCGUGAUGAGUGACAAAAUUCCAAGCACGGGCUCCCCCCUUCUGUCUCAGUCUCAACUACCGCCGGCCUUCAUUGGAGUCAAUAUAUUUAUAUAUACAAGCUAAAAAAAGGCCAGCAUGGGAUGGGGCUCGCGUGCUGCUCUGUAUCAAAGACGGCACCAAUCGCAGGGAGAGCCUAGCUCUUACGCUGGGUCAAACAGUGUGGCCACUUGCUUGAGCCAUUAUCCAUCGCCAAAAGUUGGCCACUCGGGGCUGUCGAGAUCAUACGUGAGGUGAGGACUCCUCUCGCAACUCGACUCCACUGGCGAGCGCCCGCCUGCGCGCGACGCGGACGCCGCAACUAUGUAUCCGCGAACUCACGCCUUUCGUCGCUCGCUUGCAAGAUCAGGGCGUGAAUCUAUGCACUAUCUAAGCACAGCCCGCUUUUCUCAGUCUGUCAAACCCGGAGCACAUGAGGGAAGGGAGACGCGAACUCUUCCAACGCUGGUGGACAGUUGUAAUCCUCGUAGGAGAGCAGGUCGCUGCUGUUCUAGCAGGCAAGGCGAUGUAGCACGAAGCAUGGCGUGGCAUGCAAAUUGGUUUGGCACCAUCCUCACUCGACCAAGCCGAGCGCAAUAUAUGACGAACAGCGCGCCUGCGAUCCAGAGUGCCAACAAAUUUCGCAAACAUAUACAAGACUAGCACUUCUGCCGGGAGGCGUCGCCUCGCUUGUUCGUCGCAAUUAUUGCCAACACGCAUGCCAGUAGUUCUGCGCAGCAACAUGCUUCACAGCAUAACUCUGACACUUAACGCGGCUCAAAUCUCAGCACGCGCCCUACUCUUGGUCUUGCCCCACUCAAAUGCAGACGUGAGCGAUGUCGUCAACUACUAGCUCAGUGGCUAACUGCAUGCCGAAGGCUAGCUUUCGCGUCAGAACUUCAGGCGCUCCAACAACUGCGAGCACUCGCAACGACUCACAGCACUCAGCCCACGUCGCCAAUCACCGCGGAAAAGAUUCUCAGUCUCACAGAGAAAGCAACUCUACAAAAACUCAGCGACUUCAUACAAGGAAAUCGCGCCGCGCCACGUGACCUAGAUUCUGAGUGAGCUCGAGCGCUAGCACAAAAAUGCCGGACGUUGUUGCGGGUCCUUUCGUUCCACUGGACGACUACGGUCGCAGUAGUUGCGACCCCACUAAGCUGCGCGCAGGCAUGGGCUUCGUUUGUGGCCAGAAGAUUGGCACAGGCGACGCCGCAACUAUGUGCAAGAAUGAAAGGCGCCCGCAAUGCUUGCAAGGAGUCGGGGGGGACAUUUCCGGACUCGCUAUCUCACAGAGUAGAUCUGUCCAACGCACUGGGGAAGCUCUAUCUUGGCGCGCAACACCCUCAAACGCCCUCCCCUGAUUGAACGAACGCAUGCAAGAACAUGGACAAAGGGCCCACGUCGGUAAUGAGAACCGAACGAGUAGGCUCUAAGUCGAAUCUUCAAACGUUAAAACGUCGGCUAGAUUCGCUAUCGAAUCAUCGCCCAAAAAACAGAGCGGGGCACUUUGCGUUUACUGCUGAGCCCGAACCUCUCCGCUGACGGUGCAGCGCUCGGCAAAGCCGCUGACCGGAUUCGUUUAGGUUUAUUAAAGCAGAGCGAGCGCACCACGUGGAAAGCAUUAUUGCUCCUGCAGCGCGGUGGGUCUUUGUUGAAGGCUCAGCAGCAUCGGGGCAAGGUCGUCGCCCUUUUUGCCAGUGAGCCAGUCUUUUUAUUUCUUAUCGAGUUUCGCCUCGACGUCCAAACGUUGACGCAGUCGAAAGCUGGCGGAGCUUCUUCCAGGUCCAACGCUGUUCACAACAACCCAGCCAGCGUGUGUUGGUUGCUCUAUUUCGUUCUCAAGAAGUGAGGGCGCCAAUUGAGGACGAAAAUGAGAGCCGACAGCGUGAGACUGGGGCUCUACAGUCUGGCCUUCUUGCUUGGCUUCACUCAAGCCGCAUCCUCGAGCAGGCAUGUCCUCGCGCAACGUGCUGAAGGUGCGGCGGUUUAGUAUUGCCAAUUCGCAACUUCAGUCGCGUUCGCUCCCUUUGAACUAGUACCAAGAAAACCGCGCCAGAAUUCGCCUACAACUCAGCACAGGGAUCAGCGCCACGCUUCGGACUGGGAUCAAGUAAAACCUUCAGCGCCGUCAUUGGCGGUUGAGAUCCCGGAUGAUGGGGCCAAAGCUCCUCAACAGAAGACGGCGCAUAAGCGUGGCCGUAGCGUGGGCAACACGCUGGAAGCAGGGGCAGGCUGGAGGUGAAGGCGCGCCUGGCCUGGAGCGUCGUGGGGCUUCAAACUCUAACCAGCCAGCCGCUGGCAAUAGCGAAGGGGGCUCCGCGCGCGGGGAAGCGCGCUGCUGAUACAAUUGAGCGCGCGCCUUUAGCGGUAGCAUCGGCUAGAGAUCAAAGCUUUUGCUAAAGCUGGACCAAGUGAAUUCCCUUCGACGUUGUUCAUUCCCCCCUUCACUUCUCUGCCACACAAAACGCAGCCCGCUGGAGCAGCAGCCGCACAGCGACAGGGCUUGGAAAUCAGCGCCUUUACUUUCUUCAAGUACUUCACGGACAGCGGGGCUGCUUGUGUGUCGCAGCUUUUGGCUUGGGGGCAAGGGCUUGGUCGCGGCUCAUGCUUUCGGCUACAACAGAACAACUGUGAGAACGCGGGCAACGAGUGCUAUCUCGAGUGCUGGGCUUGCAAGGAGCGCAACUUCACAGCCGCCCACUGGGUGGCGUACUGCCCCCACAGGGAUGAGCACAGACGCAAGCUAGACGAGAAGGGGCAGGGCAAGAAGGGGCGGCGCAGGAGCAAACAGCGACUGCCUCAGAGUCCAAGGCUAGCACCUUUCAAGUUUGAACUUCCCCAGGACGCAUCUAGGCUGUCGCGCCUUCGUUCUUUAUCGUAUUACCCAGUCAGCGACGCAAUGAAGCAAACACGAACGCAAACCGCACCCGCCCCCUGCAAAUUCGCCACACGGUAUGCAUAUUGGCCAUGGGUGAACUCUUCUUGAUGAUGGAUAGCCCUCGAGAAUUCAGCUUCGUAUAGAGGUGCGCCAUAAGUCGCCACAGUUUGAAGGGAGCAGAGACUUCACCGGCUGCAGCUGCACUCUCUUCACCGUGGGAGACUGUGUGCUCGCUUUUGGCUCUGAGUAGUGUGAGAGCACGAGUCGAGUGAUACAGAGCAAACCUAUUCAGCCUUCUCUGUCUCUUAGACUCUAUACUGUUUCCAUUAGCAGCGCUGUUACGCCCCGCAGCCGCAGCGUGUAACUGCGGAUGAGUUAUAGCGAUGAGGCUUUUCGAAUUGGAUGAGUUUUGAAGUCGAGCGAUGUCGUCGCAGCAGCGCGUGCAUUGAGCCAAGCCCUCAGUCGGGUCGACGAGAAUCGGGCGAAGGCGUCUAAAGUCGCCGCGCCUCGCAAACGUAGCGCGGACCAGGCUGAGACCAUGCGUGCCAUUUUAAUACUGCUGAAGGCUUCGAACUGGCAGAGCGAAGAAAUUAGUCCCCUCCCCUUCGGUGCCGAUGGGGUGCAGUCGAGCGCCAGCGUCGCCCCUCUAAGUCUAACGCCUGAGGGCUCGAGUAUGGUAGUGUUAGCGUCUUCAUCCGCCUGGCUGCUCGCCACCGGGACCGGGUGCGCCGCCGUCUUUUGUCGGUGCCUGCUGCAUCUUCUGCAGCUCCAAGCCCGCACUGGGUCGCUCCUUGAGAUGAGGCCCUAAUACAUAGUUAGGCGACGUUGUGAACGAUGGGAAAUUGCUACUAGAUGCAGCGACGGCCAAGGAACUGCAAGCAGAGGCAAGCAAAAACGUCAUCGCUGCUUCGCAUGGUGGCGCAUCUGUCGCGCAAGGAAGUAGACAUCACCCGGGGAACGUCGAACGUCGGAAAAUGCAAGAAGUUCACCAAGGGGGAAGGCACUGGCCUCGAGAUCUUUGUCGGCGCCUCUACUGUAGUAAACGAGUUCGGGCGUCAAAAACGAAAAAGGGCCCAGCAUCAAGCUGGCCGCUCUUGUUAGCGAUUUGGCUACUGAAUCACCUGCCAUCGAUGAGCUUCGCGCAUUCGCUCCAAUGAUUUCCGCGAGUAUUUCGCCAAAAAGUGCUGACGAGGGGCUAUCGGGGAGCUGUGCAAAGUUCUUGACUCCAGGAAAUGAGUAAGCGCGACGAAUCAGCGCCGCGGCUCGCGCCUAGCAGUGCCUUUGCUGUGGAUGACUGCACAGGCAUAGGACUACCAGUCAGUGCAACGCGGCCAGGUUUUCUCUCUUUUGAAUUCGCGCGAUGGCCUGAGGGGCUUUCGGCGUGACCAAGAGGACCGGGCCACCGUUGGCGAUCUGUGUCUUUCCGUAGGGCAAUGCGCUCGCUUUGGGAUUGGCCCCGACUUCAUAGCCAAGCGGCUUGGUGGUUUGCGCUUCAGCGUAGUCGGUGACGACUUCAAGAGAACACAGGCCGACAACUAUUCGCCCACCGUCGAGCAUGGGCGUACUUUUGUCGAUGAAGUUGCGAGAGUGUUUCCCAUUGGUGUGGUAUUUUGUUACGAUAUCAACGCACACGCGCCCCCUUGCGACCUUAUGGGCGCCGCUGCGUCUAUCCUUUAUUUGCAACAGGGGGGGCGAGGGUUCGCCUCGUCUCUGACUGGGGCGCCGGCAAUUGCCUCCGAGGUUAGUUUUCCGCAGACUGCAGUUCGCGGCGGGAUCUCCUCGAGCAUAUCCACCCGGGCGCUUUCGUUUCUGGAGUCGAUGUUGCUGACUGUUUUCUGCAUUAGGUGGCCUGCCUUUCUCAGCGUCGUUGUUUUGGAUAAGGUUUACCUUCUGAACGUAGGAGGGCCGCGCGCCGUUUGCUUUUGCCUUUCGGCAUUGCUCCCGCCCCGGGACAAAACGGCCCCCCCGCUAAAGAGGUUGCCAGGGUUGCUCACCGCUCCGGUGUCCAGUCUCAUUCUUUUGAUUAUGUAGACGACAUCAGAGCAGUUCGGCCGCCUCUUUUGUGUAGUUUUUCUCGCGAGGUCACUGGCCUCGACCUUGGCGCGCAAGUUUAUUCCUUCGCCAUUAUUGGCUGUGGAGAGAGUUCACGCACAUCACAAGAGAGGGAAACUAGUCCCGGCGUCUACACGUUUCCCAUGGCUAGGCUACGAGGCCGACACUAUCGACAUGAAGGCGCGCACUGAGGACAGAGGAAGAUCUGAGCACGUCAAAGAUCUCGGGCAGUGCUUGCGUGGGCCUUCCACUGACUACAACAACUGCUGCAAAGUCAAGGGGCUCGCUGCAAUUAAGGGCCGCUGCGGGUCUUGCGUGUUCGUUGUGAAUCGCGGCCCAGCUUUUCACAUGCAAAGAGCAGCUGCUGACUCUGGUGCCGCCAGGCGCUGGCAGAGCGACAAGCGCUUCAGCUUGUCAGCAAUAAUGUCGAAGGAGCUCGCUCGCGCGGUGCAGUGGUGGCUCGACGCCCUUUCUGCAAACCGAGCUGCGCCCAUCUUCUAGAACGGGAAGAGGUCGCUCCUCUGGCGCGAAGAGAUUUUAGGUCUCGGCGAUCAGCUCAUAAGAGCCGUCGACCCAUCAACUGUGUUAGCUGUCCACGGCGAUGCAGCUGGCGGCGAUGCGGGUGCAUGGGGCGGCUCGGGCAGCCAACGGCUUCCACUUUCAUCCCAGGUCACUCCGAAGUGCCGUGGCCCCGGUUUUCUACUAACGCUGAGGAAGCUGCCACGCCGAUGCUGUUGCUCAGCAGCUACAUCAAGAGGCUAGGCGCCGCCGCAGUGUGCCGGAGCGUCGUCCUCUACUACUCUGACAAUCUGCCGGCAAAAAAAGCAUCCAGUUCCAGGCGGCAGAGGCUCUCUCUCAUCAGGUGAAAGAAAUGGGUGAGGCGUCGUUCUUUAUUCGUGACGCCUUCGCCUCGAAUUGCGCCGAGUUAGUUGCCGGGAAGGUCUUCGGUGACGAGAACCCUGUCGCGGGCGCCUUUUCACGUUUCGAGGCGUCGGCGCAUACAAUGAUCGGCCUCCAGCCUCAGCGGUUCUUCGCGAGGCGUUUCAUGAACCAGGUCCACAAGCUUCUGCCGGGUCUCAGCGCCACAGCUUGCGCCGCUCUGAACGGGGAGAGUAGUGCUGCGGACCUCCUGCAAGCCUUCACCGUGUUCGAUCAGCUUUCCCUCCACUGUGGUCACCUCCUCGCAAAUAAAGUCUACCGGUUUCCACCGUUCGGGCUGCUGCGUGCAACGUUGAAGCCUCUCAGCUAAUUCGUCACCAAUGUGCCGGCCACCAACAGGCCACGGCUCGCGGUCAUGGUUCCGCAGAUCGGCGGCAAAUUCGCUGAAAUCUGCAGCAAACUAGUGCGAGGGAUGAAGUUCAAAAAAGGCUCCUCCAUCUUCAUGGUGCCGCAUUCCGACGAGCCGUCUCUCGCUGAGUGUGACUUCGUCGCCUUUGCGUCAGUAAAGCAAUCGAAUUGUUCGCACCCAUAUGAAGCGCUUGCGCUUGCUUCUCUCCUUCCCCAGAUGGCGAAGCUGACCGCUCAAAGCUUCGCGCUUUAGGGUAGCUGCGUCUUUGAAGUCACGCGCAAUAGCUGGCGGCGUCGCUUGUGCGCCCGCAGAUGCCAUCGCGCGCGUCUGCUGCACCAAAGCAGGUGAGCCGCAAGGGAUCGCGGGCGCUAUUUAUUGUGCCCACCUGUACGCUUCGAAGUGCUUUCUGCCUCCCUCUGAGAAGCCACUCGGGAACCGCCUUGCUUCGAGCAUGUCGGCAGGGUCGUCGACAUCUACUCCAUGGCGCAGCCGGGUCCUCCCUCCGUCAAAUCAGGGAAGUUUCUCGCCGAUUCUGCAGCCUCACGGCUCAGAGUCUUCAUGUCUUGCAUGGGGAGGCCCUCUCUGCACUUGUGUCGUGCGGCCGUCUCUUCUCGUCUGUGGCGCUUCCGACGGAUUGGCGUCGUUCGGUGCUGGGAGAUGUGGAGGGAAGUCCACCGACUACGCGCUAGCACUUGGCGGCUUGCUUCUGUCGUAGUUGCGACAAACUAAGCACUCGGGUGCAAUUUAAUCACUUGCCGCGUCCGUGUUAGGCCCUUGCUUUGCUUAUUGUGGCUUUCUCGUGUUGCAGUCGGUACCUACGUACACCGUUUCGCUCUCUGGGCUUGUGGGCUAGUCUGAAGCGCUGGCGUGCGGGCGGAGUAUGUUUCUCUGCGUUCCAUCGGCGCUCUUUAUUUCGGUCGAAGAAAGCCCAGAACUGCAAGGACGGCGGAGCCGUUCGGUUCGGUGAUGCUGGUUUGGGCGAAAUGUAUUCAGGCGGAACGCCUUCGGUCCGUCGGUCUCCAUCGCGGUCGCUUCUCUUUGGGGGCUGCGCAUCUUAGAGCGCAGCACUAUCAGGAGCUGAUAGCGUUUCGCUUCGUUUUCUCUUCUCCGUAUUCACUUCUGCUCACUUCACUUCAUUCACUUCGCACUCGCUUCUCGCUCGCCUUCGCCGUCACUUCGUUGCUUCUCCCUCCCUCCACUCCUUGGCUGGGCACCGUUCGCUUCGCGGGCAUAAUUCGUUCGGUGUUCUGCCACGGAACUGGGCCGUUGCCCUCGACCGCCGUCGCGGUCGGCCUUCGCGUCCUCUAUUCAUUCUCACCACUCGCCGUGAUGUUCCUUUCAUAGUCUUCACUUCACACUAGUACUGCUCACUCGCCCCUGCGAUCGGACUUUCUCGCGCUGCAAUCGGUGUACUGUUUCGCUCUCGGGGCUUGUGGGCUAGUCUGAAGCGCUGGCUUGCAGGCAGAUUGUAUUCCUCUGCGUUCCGUCAUUCUUUAUUUCGGUCAGAGCAAUUGUUUCAAUCAGCAUCAGCAUCAGAACAGCGCAAGCCACGUCUGAGAGAUUCUACUACGUCCAACGAGGGCAGACUCUGCGUGGUGUGUCUUGCUGUUGCUAUUGAUUUAUUGGGGUCGCAAGCUUGUCCGCCGUAUGUUUUGACAAUGAUUGGAGGGGCGUCCCAGAUUAGACUUAGAAGAAGCUAGAGAAGAGCACCUCUGGCGUUUACCUAUCACCGACACGCAGCCAAUACCUUAGGCAUCGAUCAACUCUAGCAAACUUAUCGAAAUCUGAAGCCCGGCGCUGGUUCUCGAUUGUUAACUUAAAGACUUCGCCGAUCGCAGCCACAUGAAUGCACGCGGUGCACGCAUAGACCGCAUGGAGCUAAAAUAGGGGGCGCGCCCCUUGCGUCUCUUAUGGGUCAGAGGUCUAUGCGCUCCGUGCUACUUUAUGCGCCCCUCCAUGCGCCGCGCGUGCUAUAGGCUUACUAGGUGCUUGCACUCUUCUAACAUAUGGCGAAGGCAGAAAUUGGUGCGGGGGUAGCCACCAGUUCAAGCCUUAUGGAAUGGACGAACUCCGAGCCGUCCCCGCUGAUGCUGCAGCCCUUCCAGAAAAAUACCAAGGCAAGGACACGAUCGCGCGGCUUUAUCAAUCUUGGUUCCGUCUGCGAAUGCGGUACAAUGUAAUCGAAGCGCGUCUAGGGGCUAUUGCUGCAGAUAGUGACACUAUGGUGGUGGUAAUGUGCUAUUUUUGUGAACGUUUGUCUUUUACCAGCCGCUAUCUGAGAUUGGAAACUAACUAGAGGACAGAGGGGCUAUCUAUCGUGUUAUUUAGUGAGUAUCUGCUUCUUUAUUUCUACCGCAUACGUUGCAACGAGUGCGACGACAUUCAGACACGCAACAAAAUAUACUAUAACUAUCUAUAUUAUAAACCAAAACUUAUUUUGAAUGCUAAACAGGAGUAAGUUUACGGCUUGAGAUGUACGCAAAUCAUGGCAAAGAUGUACGGGUGAGAUGUAUACGUCUGAGAUAUAUAUCUCGAGAUAUAUAUCUUAUACGUAAAUCACGGGAAAGAUGUACUCUUGAGAUGUACUUACACCGGGGCGAUUCGUAGUAGGUUUCCAAAAUUCCACUUUUUUGAGAUGUACGGAAAUCAUGGGAAAGAUGUACGGGCUAGAUGUAUACAUCUCGCGCCGUAAAAGUGCCGCGUUUUUGAGUACAACUUUCCCGCGAUUCUGCUCCUGCUAAGGCUUUCGGCAGUACCUCAAAACCCUGAACCAAGACCAACAGCACAGGCCAAGGACUGCGCUGCAUGGACAAAAAUAAACGAAGGGCGAAGCGCCUCAGCCUGGGGCCAGUCAUCUCAUGAAGAAAAUCCGCUGCGUCUGCGUAUGUGCUACAAAAAGGACCCACAUGCAAGCAAAGAAAUGCAAACAGAGGCAAGCACCCAGCAGCUAUACGCUGAGCAAGUUAGCACCUGCGUGCUUUUUGGAUCAGGCGCCUGAGCUGGCUCAAAGGGUCAGACCUUUCAAGCAGGUCAAAAGUAGACAGCGACUUCAUAAAGCUGCGCGCUUUGGAUAAGGAUUGCGAGCUGGCUCAAAGGAUGGGGCCGCUCAAGCACGUCAAAAGUAGACAGCAACUUCAUAAAGCUGCGCCUUUUGGAUAAGAAGUCUGAGCUGGCUCAAACUAAAAGGCUGGGACCUUUUAAGCACCUCGAAAGCGGACAGCAAUCCCAUAAGUUUGCGCUUUUAGGAUAAGGAGUCUGAGCGGGCUCAAAGGGUGGGACCUUUCAAGCAGAUCAAAAGUAGACAGCAAUCUCAUAAAGUUGCGCUUUUUGGAUAAGAGGCCUGAGCUGGCGCAAAGGGUGAGACCUUUCAAGCAGGUCAAAAGUAGACAGCAAUGUCAUAGAGUUGUGCUUUUUGGAUAAGGAGUCUGAGCGACGUCAAAGAAAGGGCGAGACCUUUCAAGCAGCUCAAAAGCAGACAGCAACGGCAUAGAGUUGCGCUCUUUGGAUAACAGGUCUGAGCUAAGUCAAAGGGCGACACACACCUUUCAAGCAGCUCAAAAGGAGGCAGCAACUUCAUAGGGUUGCGCUCUUUGGAUAAGGGGCCUGAGCUGGGUCAAAGGGUGGGACCUUUCAAGCAGGUCAAAAAUAGACAGGAAACGCAUAAAGCAACGCGCUUUGCGUAAGAGGCUGGAGCAGAGUGAAAAGGUGGGACCCUUCAAGCAGGCCAAAAGUAGACGACAGCAAUCGCAUAAAGCUGCGCGCUUCGGAUAGGAUGCCUGAGUGGCCUGAGCUGGGUCAAAAGGUGGGACCUUUCGAGCAGGUCAAAAGUGGGCAGAAAUUUCCUAGAGUUGCGCUCUUUGAGUAAGGCGCCUGACUUGACUGAGUGAAGGCGCGGGACCUUACGAGCAGGCCAAAAGUAGGCAGCAGCUUCAUGAAGUAGAUUGCGCUUUUUGAGCAAGGAGCUUGAGCAAAGAAAGGCAAAAGGCGGGACCUCUCAAGCAAGCCAAGCCAAAAGCAGACAGCAGCCCCAUGGCGUUGCGCUUUUUGGAUAGGAUGCCCGAGCUUGGUCAAAAGGUGGGACCUUUCAAGCAGGUCAAAAGUGGGCAGCAAUUCGAUAAAGCUGCGUGCCUUGAAUAACCAAGCUGGCCAGAUCUGGGCCAAAGAGCGAGACCUUUCCAGCAGGUCAAAAAGUGGGCAGCAAUUUCAUAGAGCUGCGCCCUUUCUUUGAUUGUGGAAGACCUCUGAGUGAGCUGACUGAAAGGCUGGGACCUUUCAAGCAGGUCAAAAGUAGAGAGCAAUAUCAUACAGCUGCGCUUUUUGGGUGGGAGGUUUGAGCAGAGUCAAAAGCCGAGACCUUUCAAGCAGGUCGCUCAAAAGUAGGCAGCAACUUCAUAAAGCUGCGCCUUUUGGGUAGGGUGCCUGCGCUGGGUCAGAGGGUGAGACCUUCCCAGCAAGUCAAAAGGGCCAGCAGCUUCGUUCACAGCGUUGCGCCGUUUGGGUGAGGGUCUUGAACUGAGCCAAAGGGUGGGACCUCUUAAGCAGCUCACAAGUACGCAGCAACUUCAUCGCGCUGCGCUUUUUGGAUCAGAAAAGAAUGGGCGCAAAGGACAAGGCCUCUCGAGUAAGCCAUAAGUAACCAGCAAGCCCAUAGGCUUGGGCUUGCUUUCUGAUCAGAAAGCUCAAGCGGCUCACAGAUUGCAUCGCCCAAGCACAUGAAAGCCGCACAGCACUGCUCGCGUGGCGUACUUAGAUCAAAGCCUUGAGGCGACGCAUGCCCACACCUCUCGAGAAAGCCAGAAGCAGAUAGGGAAGCUAAGCGAUAGAGCGCAACUCGCCGUAAGCUUGGGAGGGUAAAUGGCUCACAGAGAGCAAACGCGAAGCAGCUGAAACGUAGGCAGCAACGCGACACCAUAAAGCUGCGUGAUUUGGAUGGAAAACCCAAAACGGCGCAAAGAGUAAAACCCCGCAAACAGGCCGAGAGUAGAACGGGGCCGCCCCCUAGUUCUCUCCACGGAAAAGAUCCACGGUGGGCGUUCUCAUGGUGAGCGGAGUCGGGCGUAGUGCUUCGCCCACUAUGCGGAGAACCGAAAGCGACAAGCCUGGGGCCCCCCUCGUGGCACUGCCAUGCCAGCCGGAGGCGCAACACACUCCAAGAGUAGGGGACCCACGCCCAAAACCCGGGCCAGGGGGCGCGCGAGGUUCUCACGGUGAGCGGAGUCGACUGCAGUGCUUCGCCCAGCCACUACGCUGAGAACCGAAAGCAGCAGGCUUGGAGUGAUCUGCUCAAGGGUUUGACUCUCGGCGUAUGUAUUUGGUUGCCCGUUUGCCUCAUUCGUUCGAAGUAGUUCCUUUUGGGCGUUUCGGGUGCUGCCAGGGUGGGGGUUUAUGUAGCACGUAGUAGCUUGUAGCGCGGAGCUGCUUUUCUUAUUCCAUAGCCCGCCACUCUUUACGUAAUUCGUAGCACGCCGGUAGGCCGUAUGGAUUUUAUGUAACUCGUAGCAUUUGCGAGACCCUUCCGCCCUGCCCCGGCGUGUGUACACGCCGGGGGCACGUGGGCGGUAACUACUUCUAAUGCAAUUAACGCAAGAGGCCACAACUUCGAGAAAAUGACGGAGGCGGCGCUCAGGAUGAAGAGGGACGUCAUACACGGAAGAAUGGACAAGCUUCAUAAAAUGGACAGAGAAUUAGACUCGGUUACAUGGAACAUCUGCCGUGGUCCUCAGGUAUCCAAUGAACAUGCUCCAUAUAACUACGAUAAACAUCUAGCAGCAGAGUCCAACGAGUGGAACAGAGGCAAGCCUUAUCUCGUCGAAACAACACCCAAAGAGAUCGCUGACUUCAGUCAGACCAUCAUCUUCAAGAAAGCUAGUAUGCCGGUUCGCCUCGUCAGCAGUUUGCGUAGCCUCUUCACGAUGAAGCCCUUUUUCGCUAGUUCAUUCGCUUCAAUGCUCACCAAUGUUGCUGCCCCCGAUCAUGACCUCAACAAGAUGGAGCAGUCAGCGCCUUCGUCUCGCGUCACUAGAGUCCCCAAAAGAGACCCUUUUCUCGAGACCGUGGAUGCGGAGGCUUGGCACAACGCCCCGCAGCCUAUGAGUUAUGGUCUCGGCUUCUAUCUAUUAAGCCAAAAUCUAUAGAAGGCAUAUAAUUCCAAGUCUAAAUAUGUACCAGGGAGGGAGCCCCCCCCCCUGUGGAUGGAUCUGUGGUGGACCACGCCAGAGGGGUCCAGCCUGGGCACCUUUGCCAGGUCUGUCGAGGGGCUGCCGGGCGGGAAGGCCUCAAAGCGCCCACUUCUGACCCCUUCCCUUGCCACCUUUGCCAGGUCUGUAGUGUUGGGCACAUGCAACACGCCAGAGGGGUCCAGCCUUGCCACCUUUGCCAGGUCUGUAGGGUACACGCAACAAGGCAGCGGGGCCCUGCCUUUGCCAGGUCUGUCGGGGGGGGGGGCCUCCCUCCUUGGUACAUCUAUGCGCCAGGUCUGUGGGGCACAUGCAACAAGGCAGCGGGGCCCUGCCUUUGCCACCUUUGCCAGGUCUGUAGGGUACAUGCAACAAGGUAACCCCUAGGCAAGAAGCGGGAAGGGGUCAGAAGUGGGCGCUUUGAGGCCUUCCCGCCCGGCUGCCCCUCGAAAAGAGGGGCUGGGGCUGGCAGGCCCCCCCCCUCAAAAAGUUAGAUCGGGGGGGAGGCCUCCAGCCCUGAGCUUUGGAACAUAUAUACCGUUACUAACUCGCUUGCUUGUUUGUUUGUUUUGUACUGUUACUAACUUAAACUAGGCACACAAAAACAAAAAACAACACAAAAAAUCGGAAGGCGCGCAAAUAUCGGGUCGCUUGAAAGUCGGCGCGUUUGACAAAAGGGGGGACUUGAAUUGCCGCGCUACCAAGGAGGGGGAGGACGGAGAUGGCCGGGUCUUGCAAGAGUGAGCCGCGCCCUGCGAGAGAGAGCCGCGCCGUGCGAGUGCGCGCCGCGUCUUGCGAGUGCGCGCCGUAGGUCGUAGGGCGCGGCCUUGUCUUGGUGAGCCGCGUCCUGUCUUUGCGAGUGCGAGGCGCGUCUUGCGGGUGCGGGUCGCGUCUUGCGAGUGUGAGCCGCAUCUUGCGAGUGCGAGCCGCGUCUUGCGAGUUCGGGCCGUAUCUUGUAGGUGCGAGCGCGGGGCGCGGGUGUGAGUUGCGUCGUGCGAGUGCGAGCCGCGUCGUGUGAGUGCGAGCCGCGUCGUGCGAGUGUGAGCCGCGUCGCUCUUGCGAGUGUGGGCCGCGUCGCUCUUGCGAGUGCGGGCCGCGUCGGUCGUGUGAGUGUGAGCCGCGUCGGCUGUGUGAGUGCGGGCCGCGUCGGUCGUGUGAGUGCGAGCGUGAGGGGGCAGCGUCUUGCGAGAGCGAGCCGCGUAGGGGCCGCGUCAUGUGAGUGCGGGCCGCGUCGUGCGAGUGCGAGCCGCGCGCAUCUUGCGAGUGUGGGCCGCGUCGGUCUCGUGAUUGCGAGCCGCGCCUCGCGAAUGUGAGUCGCGGGCGUCUUGUGAGUCAUUGUGAGCCGCAGCCGCGUCCUGUGAGUGUGAGCCGCGUCUUGCGAGUGUGGUUCGCGUCUUGCGAGUGCGAGCCGCGUGGUGUGAGUGCGGGCCGCGUCUUGUGAGUCACUGCCUUUCGCGUCGUGUGGGUGUCUGUGAGUGAAAGCCGCGUCUUGUGAUUGUGGGCGUGAGUCGGUCGCGGCUUGCGAGUGCGAGCCGCGGCGUCCUGCGAGUGUGGCUCGCGUCGUGUGAGUGUGAGUCGCGUCGCGUGGGUGCUAGUCGUGGCUUGUGAGUGCGAGCCGCGUCUUCUUUGGUUGACUGAGUGAGUGUGAGUCAGUGUGUGUCGCGUCUUGCGAGUGAUUGCGUGCCGUGUCUUGCGAGUGCGAGCGUGAGCGCGAGCCGUGUCCGCUUGCGAGUGGAGUGCGGGCCGCGUCUUGUGAGUGCGAGCUGCGCCGCCUUGCGAGUGCGAGCCGCGCCUUGUGAGUGUGGGCCGCGUCUCUCUUGUGGGCCGCGUCUUGUGAGUCAGUGUGAACUUGAGUCGCGUGCUGCGGGUCGCGUCUUGCGAGUGCGAGGCGCGCCGUGCGAGUUGCGUUCUGCUUCGUUCUGCGAGUGAGUUUGGGUCGCGUGCGUCUUGUGAAUGUGAGUCGCGGGCGUCUUGCGAGUGUGAGUCGCGCCUUGUGAGUGUGGGGCGUGUCUUGCGAGUGUGGGCUGCGUCUUUUCUUGUGCGUGUGAGGGAUUAGCGCCGUGCGAGUGUCGUGGGCGAGAGUGCGGGCUGUGUCUUGCGAGUGUGGCGCGCGGGCGUCUUCUCUUGUUGUGAGUGCGGGCAGCGUGCGUCUUGCGAGAAACAGCGAGAGCGCGGGCUGCGUCGUGAGUGUGAGUCGCUUCGCGUGGGUCGCGUCUGUCGAGUGUGUCGCGUCGUGUGGGUCGUGUCAUGCGGGUCGCGCCGUGUGAGUCGCGUCGUGGUGUGAGUCUGUCGCGCUGUGUGAGUCGUGUCGCGUCGUGUGAGUGGCGUCGUGUGGGUCGCGUCGUGUGGAUCGGGUGGGUCGGGUCGUGUGCGUGUGAGUGCGGGCUGCGCCUUGUGAGUGAGAGUGUGGGCCGCGUGCUGCGAUGGCAAGCCGCGUGCGUCUCGCGAGUGCGGGCCGCGUCGGUCUUGUGAGUGCUUGCGGGUCGUGUCUUGUGGGUGUUAGCCGUGUCUGGCGAGUGUGAGCGCGCAGGGCCUUCCUCUGUGAGUGGUGUGAGCCGCGUUCUGUUUUCUCUUGUGAGAGAGUGCGGGCUGUCUUUUGUGAGUGUGGGUUGCAUCUUGUGAGUGUGUGUGUGAGUCUGUCGCACCUUGUGAGUGCGGGGGGCUUCUUGCGAGUGCGAGCGGGCCAGCCGCGUCCACUUGCGAGCGUGGGCCGCGUGCGUCAACUUGCGAGCGCGAGUCCCGUGCGUCCACUUGCGAGCGUGGCUGGGCUGCGGCCGGGCGUCUACUUCCUUGUGAGCGCGCGUCGCGGUUUGCGAUUGUGAGAGAGUGCGGGUGAGUCGCGUCCUGCGAGUGUGAGCGUGGGGCGUGUCUCCUUUGUGAGUGUGGGGCGCGCCUUGCGCGUGUGAGCGGGCGGCUGUGUUUUGUGAGUUGGUUCGAGUCGCGACUGGUGAGUGCGUGCCGCGUCUAUUCUUGUGAAUGCGAGCCGUGUUGUGUGAGUGCGGGCCGCGUCUUGGGAGUUGUGCGAGGGAGUCACUCUGGGCGAGUGUGAGCCGUGUCGUGUGGCGAGUAUUGGCCACGCCUUGCGAGUGUGCGCCGCGUCUAUUGGGUGCGCGGUGUGUCUUCUCUUGUGAGUGUGGGCCGUGUCGUGUGAGUGUGAGUCGCAUCUUGCGGGUAUGUGCUACAUCUAGUGAGUGCGCGCCGUGCUCGCGUCGUGUGGGUGUGGGCUGCCUCUCGCGAGUGUGGCCUGUGUCUUGCGAGUGUGGGCUGCGUCUUGUGAACAGUCUGCGAGCCGCGUCUUGUGAGUGUCGUGGGUCGCGUCAUGCGAGUGGCUGCGCGUCGCGUCUUGCGAGCUGGGUGUGAGUCGUGCUCUGUCAUGGAUGUCGCGCCAAGGAGUGUGGGCCACACUCUCGCAAAUGUGAGCCUUGUCGCGUGGGUCUGGGCGUGGGCUGGGUCUUGCUUUUGUGAGUGUGGGCCUGGGCCGCGUCUUGUGAAGAAAUGAGAGCCGGCUGCAGCUUGCGUGAUGAAUGCGAGCCAUGUCUUGUGAGCGUGGGUGAGUCGAUUCUUGCGAGUGUGUCUCCCUCGUGUCUCGCGAGUGGGUGGGCUUGUGAGUGCGGGCCGCGCCAGUCUUGUGGGUGUGGGUCGCGUCUUGUGAGAGAGUGUGCGGGGGUCCUGCUUGGCGGGCUGGGUGUGAGUCGUGUCGCAUGAGUAGCAGCCACGCCUUCCAAGUGUGGGCCGCGUCUUCAAGACUCUUGACUCUCGUGGGUGCGGGCUGCGUCUUGGGAGUGUGAGUGAGCGGGCCGCGUCGUGUGGUUGUGGGUCGCGUCUUGCGAGUGCGAGUCGCGUCUUGUGGGUGGGAGUGGAGUGGUUUCCUCGUGUCUUUUGGGUUGGGUUCCAUGCGUGCCCUGUGAGUGCGGGCCGCGUCUUCUGGGUGUGAGUUGCUUGUCUCGUGUCUCUCUUGUGAGUGCUGUGGGUCGUGUCUUGUGAUGAGGCAGGGCGAGACAUAUCUCGCAAGUUUGGGACAAGUUGUACUUAGAUGCAUUACAUAGGGCCAAGGCUGACUGAGGUGCUUGCAUCUGGCUCCAAAGAAACACGCCGGGGCUGGCUGGGUCGGGAGUGGCUGGGACUCUUGCUUGGUUGUCCCAGAAUGCGAACGAAUAUGAAGCAAGCGGCGCAGGGUUGCCUUGGGGCUUGCGUGCUCCCUUGCUGCCUGGCCUCCUUGUGAUUACAUGAGACGGACGCGGCUGAAGCUGAGCAUGUCUUAGCCUUGGGCGGGGGCUACCGGGCCGCAGUUCGCGCUGCCUCGAGGGUGAAAGAAUCAAUGGGGCUACGCCUGGGCCGGGGGCUUGCAGAAGCCGCCUGACUGCUUUGAAAGGGUGGGGGCGUGGGUGUGUCUCGGCUCGGCGGCGUGCUUGAAUGAGUGACGGGCUGAAGGUGUGCUGGGUUAGAGUGGAUCGCUCGGGGCAGCUGAGUGGCGUCGCCAAUUGGAGUGGGCUGCGCUUGGUUGAGAGAAGGUGGGCGAGAUGUGUGCUGCGGCUUCUCUCAUCUGGAGGGGCAAGGGGCGGCUGUGUAUGUAUGCUACCCGGGGUCGGGGGCUCGGUUUUGGCUGGUGGUGCUUGUGCAGGGGCUUCGCCUUCUUUCAAGCGGGUCGACUUUGUUUCAGAGAGCUACUCAAAACGCUCGGCUUUUUCAAUAGGGGGGACUUUGGUCGAUUCUUUACAGGUCGACUACUGCAAGAUCACAAAAGCGACCCCCAGAAGCUUACAGAUUGCAUCCUUUGAAAGCCUACAAAAAAGGCCCAUCGCUUUGAUCUCUCUCGUUAGUUUUCUUGCUGCGUCUUAGGUGUCUGAUCUGUUGCCCUUUUCAAGAAGUUCGUGUUCGAUUUAUUCACAUGGUUAGAGUUUUCUUGUUUUCUUUGUUUUUUACUUUGUCCAACUGUUAUAGAUACGGCGUAGAAAGUGAAAAAAUAGAUGCCCAUCGGAAUCGCGACAAAAAAGCAAGCACGCCGAUGCUCACUUUUUAAGCAAAGCGCUGGAAUCUUCUUUAUCUCUGGUUGCCAGUUUAUCGGGCUCAAUUCAUUAAGUGUAGGAGUUUGCUGAGUGUCAGUAUUUGGCUCCAGCUCCUACACUACGCAAUCCCAUGUCCGAGCCCAACUCUCAGAACGCACUCACAUGUUAGAAAAGAAUCUAGGUAGUUGCAGUUGGAUUAGAAAACUUCUAGCCUUGUCACGAGUGGAGUUGUGUCGUGCUUCUAUCUUCUAGCACUGGGCCAGUUGUAUCUACCCCGUGCUUUCUAUUUAAGUAUAUUGACUAAUCUCUCGUGCCUUGGUGGGAGGGGGGACCAGAAGUCCCUUGGUGGAGAAAAAAAAUAAAAGAAAACAAAGCGCUGCCCUUGUAGACAAAGGAGGCGAGUGCCCUUGAGAGGAGUGGUUGGACGAGAUGCCGCCACCUCUGAGAGGGAGCGGGGACACCACACGCCUAGCACCAGGCGGGGCGCAAUCAAUGAAGCGCUGCAGCGCUUUGCGAGAGGUGCGCCGCGAUUGGUGCGCAGCAUGGGGGAGGCUGGGACGCGUGGCCCCCCUGUCUGUGGUUACCGGGGAGAUACGUGAAGGCGGCCCACUGGCGUGGCUGGUGGUUAUUGCUCCGCGGAUGCAAGAGAACGAAAGAGAGACGGCCAGCCUCGGGCGCCCUCCUCGAUUGCGUGCCAGGACCUUGGCCCUCUUGAUGGGACAGAUGAACCGCCAGCGGCGCAGCAGGAGGGGAGGCGCGUUGGCUUCUGUGCCUCGCUUCUUCUGUGUAUCCAAGGUGAGGAGAGCCCCACAGCCUCGGCGGGCCGGUGCCGCCUCGUUUUCUUCCAAAGUAAGAAACAAAGGGAGGCAAAAGGGCAAGGCCAUGACUUUGAAGCCAUGACGGGGCUCGGUGGGUUGGUUGGCUGCCUUGCUUGGGUGGUUGCUUUCUCGGCCCUUGUCGUGUUGUGUGUGCAGUGCGGCUUGGUGGCGUCGGGAUCUGACCGCCCCCCUCGCUGCCUCCUUCUUGUGUCAGUUCGUUGCGCCUUCUUCGUUUGCGGUCGUUGUGCUGGAGGGUAGACCCCAGCCACGGACGCGCGCCGGUCGCUAAUGCCUAACCCUUGGCGGGCAGACAGCGCGCCAAACUUACACAAAGCUUACAUCUACUUGGCUCUGAUCGCUCCGCUCUGGUAGCUGAGAGGGUUGAGGAGGUCAAGGCGGGCCCGGUCUUCACCUGGAACCAGCGGGGUUUCUCUGAUGAACACCUGCCGCUGGCUCGUCCUCUGCAGCUGGAUUUCAUUCCCCGCCAGUCUGGGACACGCGCGCGCGUGACGGCAAGGCCCCCGGCUUCGCCUCAAGUUCCCUAGAGCCUGAACACGGGCGACGCCCAACCUUGCACAGCAGAACCGUGGAAGGCCCCACGCGUUGGCGGGUCUCUUUGCAUGCUCUGGCUAAUCUUGUUGCAGAUACACAAAAGACCUCUGUCUAAUAAGACGACAGCUCGUGGCGGUGGAACGUGGGCAGAACCACGUACUUCGUCUUCAGUGUCGUGUGCAGCUGCGUCGCUCUUCUCCUUUUCUCCGUUUUUGCAAGUAAGAACUGGACUCGCGGUGGUGCGCGAAUGAUGGAGCAACCACAGCGUUUAAGAAAAGACGUAUGUGUAUUUCGAUGGGAUCUAUCAUUACCAAAAUUGAAAUGAAGUACUCCCUUCAACACUAUUAAUACUCUAUCAUUACGAGUGCAUGAAGAUUGGCUUUGGCUUUAUAGCAUUUACUAAUCGUGCACUGAAAGUUACUCAUGUUUGAUCUUGAAGAACAAUAUCAGUUUUGCAGUUUUGCUUUUGUUGCGUAAGAUUCUGAAGCCCCUAUCUUAGAGCUCUAACACAGGAGGACGCAGGGCCCAGAACGAUGAAUGGGACGGAUAUUGUCGAUGACAUCAAGGAUGAUGAGACCAACAGCAAGAAACCGAAGACAGAUAGGGCACCUAUAAUACUGUAAGCGUACUAGUAUACACCUUGUGAUGUACUUAAAGAACAUCCAUUGUAAUCCAUCAAACGGUUUUUUAGGACGAAUUCAUCUAGUAGGUGCUAGUAGACGAUUGCGAUUCUUGUUAAUCAACUAGACUCUGUUAGGCUUAGGUAGCAAAUGAGGACUGUUGGAUAUGAAUUGUGAUAGUUGUUGAUCAUGACCACCAGUAGCACUAAGCAGAAGUAGACGAGCAACUUGCUUCAUUGGUUUUCGAUUUUCACAUGUUGUCUCAAAGAAAUUACUCAUGUGUUUUUAACAGAGACUGCUCGACUUUCCCAUUUCAAAUCAUAGGACAUGUGACAUGGGAAGAAGUAGAAGAUGCAGAUGAGCUGCAACUGCAUAUUAGAUAAACCUGAAGAUAGGUCACCGUCACUAUUACUUUAAGGUCGGUUUCAGUAUUUUUUAAAUUUUUUUGUCUCUAAGAUCGGCAACAAGAAAAACGACAAGUACGAAGGUGCGAAUGAGGGGACGAAGAUCGCACCGUCGACUAUCACAACGACCGAGCAGACGACAACGGCUUCAGGCGACGUCGGGAACGAGAGCACAUCGUCGUCGACGGGAUGUGAGACUUCUUCCUCUACCCCGUAUGGCACCAUGAACGCCAGAACCAACAAGAAGCAGCGCGACGCCUCCGUCGCACAGCUGCAAUAAAACACUCAACACACCUUGAAGUACUACACAGUUUGUAUUUAUUUCCACGCUAGGAGUAGGUCUUACAACACAUACUCACUCAUGAUCAGAAACAUUGCUAGAGGUCCUGACCCUGGCGUUGUCAUCUCCGAAAAUUAUUUUUUUAUGUGUAAGUGUAUGUAACAUUACAUGGAGGAGUUGCAAAUUUUUUUUAUCCCCCUACACUAUUUACCCACCUGCUACAAACGUCCCACAAUAUGCCAGGUUUUUUAGUGAUGUGGGGAAAUGAUAGAAAGAUAAUGGAAGUACGCGGGAGACUACGAAGCAGGACAGCGAGUUUCAUAAGAACCAUAUGCAUGCAGAGUGAAUGUGAAGGGACGUCUCGUCGUGCAUGUUGAUUCUAGGCGGCAACCUGUGUUGCGGACUAGCUUUCGGGUACAUAAUAUAUUUCUUAGUCUUCUUGAAUCAUCGUCCUUAACGCUACUUUAUCUUGUGAUUUUGUUAUCCAACUUCUUCUUCCUUCGAUGAGUGGUCUCUUUUUACUAACCGUCAUUCGCGUGCUGCAGAAGGAACGGAGUAAUUAAUACAUAUUUUAAGUUUUGGACCAACGAACAAGAGCAACUAUCUACAUUUCUGUUACUUCCCAUCUUCAGGUACUUUCUUUAGCUUUUAUAUCAUGGUUGGUCGGUGUGGGAAAUGAAUACUACGAGCAUGAGUCUAUAUUUGUGGAAAGCGAGAUCGAACAUGUUGAUGACAGAAGUUUACCAGAAACGAUGAACACGAAACAAGACAGAACACAUGUACUUAUAUUUUUUCAGUUUCUUCAUUUUCUCUAAAAAGGCUUCACCUUCAGCACACAAUGCAGCUUUAUUAUUGUUCCUCAUUUUCAACUUCCUCACACAGAACUUUGCAAGUACUGAUCAUGCCAGGCGAUUGCAAGCUGAUUCUAUUGUUUAUGUACCCCAUGAGCUUGAGCGGGCACCCCAGUCAAUCAAUCAAUCGAUCAAUCAAGACGAAAUCCUUUCCACUUUUGGAGGACCAGCACGACCAAAAACUUACUUCACAACUGCACAGGUACAAUUUUCUUUUUCAUAUGGGCGGUAACGGUAAUGUGAAAGGAAUGCGGAUCCGAUGCCGAAAGCGUACGGCGAUACAUAAAGGCACGAACACAGGAAGAUGAGCGAACAUAAUUUGGGCAGUUGUGAACAUGAAAAUUUUUGAAGCAAAAAAGUAACAUGGUUUUAUGGAGGAUACUUCGAUGACCCACAAUCCAAAACCUUGAAAAAUGGUAAAUUCAGAGGAAGUCCUUAGUUCGUUAUGUUGUACAUUUUACGACCCAGGUAAUUACAAUUCUCAACAGGUAUAAUCGUAAUCCGAUAUUCUGAUCGUAAUUCAUAAUAGUGUUCCGUAUGCUUGAAGGUAUUAAUCCUAAACCAUCCUUAGUCCUGACGACCCGAGCACGACAACUUCUCCGUAAGAUCAGUUUUGUUUUGAUUUGUUGAGCCUUCUCCGUCCUCGUUCCUGCACGAGCUUACGAGAUCUUCCACGGUCUCUGAUUACAACUUUACAAAAUUCUUAAAGGUAUAGCUAUAAAUCCUGAACGACAAAAAUAUCAAUAACGGAGAACUUGUCGUGUUAGGGCCAACCGUAUAAAUCCUUAGUGUUAAACGGUCCGAGCACGACAACUUCUCCGUGAAGCAGAGACACCCUGUAGCUGUACAUAUGCUAUCCCCUAGAAGUAAUUAUAAAGAGCGGCACCCCGCCCGCCACGCUCACCCAUCUGACAAGUCCGGAAAGCGAGAUGAAAGGUUUUGAGGCAUCAACAAGUGGGCCGAGUAAUCUUGAUUUUCUUUCGUGUCUCAUGAAGUGAAAUCUUACAUAAAGAUUACAAAGACAAUGACAAAGACAAUAUCAAGUUUUCUACUCCAAAAUUUGUGGUGAGGCAAUUAUAUUAGGAGAACACAUGAUCCUCGUGCUGGUUGUAGCUAGUUGGUUCAUGGUCCUCUCCAUGCAUCGAGAUCUUGCAUGCUUUCAGGAAC